AUGUCCGACGCAGAGAAAUCCUUCCAAGGCAGUGAAAUCAGAUCUCCGUCGCGGUGGAAAAAGGAGGACGUAGACGAAUUAAGCCUGCUUCAUGACAACGAUGAUGCGUCGAUUGCCUCCCGGGAAACAGAUCUAGCGGGUUCAGAUCUUUUCAAGAGGCCAAGAAUUCCGAGAAGCUACGAUGGCGAUACCCCUCGGAGCAAGCUAGAAGAUUCUUUCCGCAGUAACAUUCCUGAAAGUAUUGAUGAGUACAGCUUGAUCGAACAUGUAAAAGGAAGCUUUCGAGCACGGUUGGAUUCGGAAAAGGGCGAUACAGGAGAAUUCAAGAGCACUGAGAACGUUUAUACCGAGUUUUUUCAUGACGUGAAGCUGAAAGACGAGUUCACUUGGGAUGGAAUCUGGCCAUUGAUUUACACAGCUUUGAUCUCGAUUGGCAUUGAAGUAUAUCGCGAGUAUGUCAACUCCAAUUUUGAAGCUGCCUAUGAUGUCUACACGAUCAGGAUUGUUUCUGUCUUCUCUGUCCUGAUGAUUUUGGUCUACUGCGCAAUCAUGUUUUUCGAAAGCUACGUGCUCAUGGUCGCCCUUUCUGUUCUGGUCAUCGUCAACAAUUUUUGUUGCAUUCAAGCUGCUGUUCUCGAUAUCAUCGGUUUCUACACUUCAUUCGACGAGGCAGAUAAGGAGUCUAGAUAUCAGCAGUUUUUGAAGUACUACCUCGCAAACAUUCUCAACCCGCCUCUCGUCCUUUUCCAAAUGAACGCUCUCCGCUAUACCUUCCUCAACAUACACGCCUGGCGACUGGGAGCGAUCAAAUUCGACAAAGAUCGCCGCAACUGCAAAGAAAGAAAAAAUUCAAGCUCCGAGGAAGAAAGCAGUGACGAAAAUGACGACUCGGGGCUACUUCGGCCAACUGAAACUGCUCUCUAA